AUGGCUGCAAGACGGUCUGAGAUGGAGAUUUUCUCCCAAGAUGAACCUGACCUCAGCCCAGUGGACACUACUUCCUCAAGUUUCACUACUUCUGAGAAACUUGAGGAAGAAAACAGGGCUCUCAGGGAAGAAAUUAAAAGACUACGGGACCAGCAGAAAGCAGGAUCUUCUGCAGAUCUUGAGACCCAAGUCAAGGCUCUAACUAAGGAGAACGCAUAUCUGCGCAAAAUGGCAAUAAAAGGGAAUGACGACAUCCGGGUGGCUGCCCAUUGUUGGGAGACGGCGAAGGCGCAACCAACUGCAAAGGGCAUGGCCCGCACCCUCCUGCUGGGCCUGUUUAGCAUCGAUGUCCUCUUGAAGUCCAACUUGACUGGAGGGAUUAACAAGGUCAGCCUCUGGAUCCCAAGAAGCUAA